GCGUGGGCCCCGGCGAGUGCACUCCUCAGCCAAUCAGCGGCCUGCCCGGCCGGUGGAUUCGGUUACAAGCCCAAGAUCACCCCAUACUCAAGCCUCCUUCCUCCUCCUCCGGCAGCUCCAUUCAUUGGCCCCGCUGCACUGGGCCUGCUGGACUCCGCUUCCGUUCCACCGCUCAGCUGCCGCCUCGUGGGACCGUCAGAGGCAGGCAUCCCAAGGGCUUUGUUUGACUGGAUUGGACCAGGUCAGAAUGAGGGGUCUGGCAGUGCUGUUGGGAGUGCUAGGCUUCCUGGGAGUGGCUCUGGGGAGCUCCCCUACCCUUCUCUGGGACAGCACCUCCUGCCACUUGGUCAGACCUAUCCCUGGCAGCCCCCUGGGCUCCCUGAGCUUUCUGGGCAAGGAUGCCCAGGGACUGGCUCUGUUCCACGCCCGCUGGGAUGCGCACAGGAGGCUGCAGGCAUGUAGCCAGCAGGAUGAGCCGGAGCUCACUGCAGAUUUUAGUGCCCUCUGUAGUCAUGAGACCACCCAGGAUGCCUUCAUCCACACCCCUGGACCUGAGCUGCAGAAAGCACUGGCCACCCUUCAAAGUCAGUGGGAGGCCUGCCGAGGGCUUGAGGAGGGUCCAGCUGGGGCCAGGGAGAAGCGAGCAGCAGGGCAGAAUGGAGCACCUGGCAGAGGGCAUCCCCGAGUGAAGAGAGGCUGGACGAUGCCUGGCACACUGUGGUGUGGAGUUGGGAACUCCGCUGGGAAUUCUUCAGAGUUAGGGGUCUUCCAAGGUCCUGAUUUCUGCUGCCGGGAACACGACCGCUGUCCACAGAACAUCUCACCCUUACAGUACAACUAUGGCAUCCGAAACUACCGAUUCCACACCAUUUCCCACUGUGACUGUGAUGCCAGGUUCCAGCAAUGCUUGAAGAACCAGCGCGACUCCAUCUCAGACAUCAUGGGUGUGGCCUUCUUCAACGUGCUGCAGAUCCCCUGCUUUGUGCUGGAGGAGCAGGAGGCGUGCGUGGCGUGGUACUGGUGGGGCGGGUGUAGGACAUAUGGCUCUGUGCCCCUCGCUCGCCUCCAGCCCAGGACCCUCUACAAUGCCUCUUGGAGCUCCCUGGCCACCUCCCUAGCUCCCAGCCCCCAGAGCCCUACUAAGUCUCAAUGGAAGCAGCACCCUCAGAAGUGGCCUUCACAGCGGAAAGGGUCCAAGCACUCCAGCAAAGCCAACAUCACAGCCCUCCAGGCUCCUCUGGUCUCCCACAGCCCUGAUGUGGCCCCCACAGCCCAGCUGGAGGUCCCCCAUCCAGACCUCCAGGACUCACAGGGUGGCUUAAAACCUCAAGGUGCCCGCCGGGCCUGCCGCAGCUUCCGCCACCUGGGCCAGUGUGAGCACCAGAUUGGGCCCCAGGAAACCAGGUUCCAUCUGCUCAACAGCGCCCAUGAGCCCCUCUUCCACUGCAACUGCACACGCCGUCUGGCUCGCUUCCUGAGGCUCCACAGCCUACCUGCGGGCGCCAACAUGCUUUGGGAGAAGCUGGGCAGGACCUGCUUCAAGUUUACCUCUCUACCGGACUGUGCUGAAGGCAAAAACUGUUCCAGAGACCCAAGGGCCAUCGAGGUGUCAGCUCGGCACUUGCGGAGACUUCAGCAGAGGCGACCCCAGCUCCAGGAUAAAGGCACAGAUAAGGGGCCGGCAUGGCUUCUGGAGCAUCCAAGGGCCCCCAUGUCAUUCUAUGACCAGUGUCUGCAGCUAACUCAGGCAGCCCAGAGACCCGAUGGGCAGCAGAAAUUCUGGAGCCAGUGACUUCAGUUCCAGCUUUCCAGUGCACCAGUCUGGACCUUGCCCGUGGCUUUGCCAGGACCUGGGAUUCUCAGCCUCCUCUUAAUGGGUUAGACUAAAACAUGGCAGAGGUUCUUGUGGACAUUUAGGUGGCUAGAUGGUGAG